AGUUGUCCCAGUGGUCAGUUGGCGCCAGUCGACAGUCGGUCGUGGUGGGUCAGUACAACAGCACUGCCACAACUCAGCGUCAUUCUGCUGAGGCUGCGGAAGUGACAUUACUGUAUUUACUUUGAUCAGUGAUACCUACAGGACCUAUAAUUCAUCUGGUGAAGGAUAUUACUGAAGCUUCAUCAUUUACUGGAUCAAGGACCACAAGAUGUCAACACUACCUAGAUUCAUGUGUACUUCCCAGGGGGAGUAGGGUAGAUGGUCAGUAUUGGGACCACUGCUAGAUGUCAACAAACCACACCAUGAUGACCUUUAACAGGAACACUUCAAACUAGUAACGUCUGCGUUUUCUCGGUUGUUUGAAGACACAUCGACGUGCAAGCGUCAUGGGCACUGUGCAUAGAUGCUUCCUCAUAUGGACACUCUUCUCUGUCCUUCUUUUAGGUUGGACACAAGCGGAAAAUGAGCAAUGGGUGGCACCUGAGAUCGUGGGCGGCCUCUCGGAGAUGUUGGUUGAAGACGGCUCGAACGUCAACUUCACCUGCAGGGCAGCCUAUCCUGUAACUUGGUGCACCGAGAAGAACUUCGCUUCCGAGCACCACCAGGAACUGUACGAGGAAGGUCAACCCAAGCCGUAUGUCGCUAUCCUCACGAUUGAUCCCGUUAACUAUCUUCACGUCGGGUACUACACCUGCCUGUAUAAUACAACAACAAACCGACUGAAGAAGACAUGUGAUAUCAAAGACCCUCAGAUUUCUUCCAUCUAUCUUUAUGUUCAAGAUCUUUCACACUUGUUGGUCAGCGAAGCCUAUGGUUUUUUUUUCCCCCUGACUGUCAAUGAACCCUUUGUCAUCCCAUGCAAACCUACCUUCCCUGAUGUUGAAGUAUCCCUUGAAAAAAUUCAAACUAAUGAAGAAUAUAGGGUGACGUACAACAGAACUUUGGGAUAUGUGAUUGAGCGGCCAUCAAUGACGAAACACGAUGGCACAUAUGCUUGUACCGCCUCAUACGAAGACCAAUCUGUUAAGACUUUAAUCGUCAUUCAAGUCUCGGGUUGCCAUCAAGAACUAAUCAGGCCCGUCGUGGAUGUGCUUGAUGCCUGGCAGAACAACAAGUUGCUGGACGAUGGCAAGGAACAUUACGACGUGAUACAGGGAGCGUCUGUCAACCUCACCUGCACUUACGACAUCACAGAUGGGACCAACACCCACAAGACACUCCACUGGGAGAAACUUGGAGAAAUCUCAAAUGAUACGGGCAACCACAGGAUUUACCGGAAAUCAAAGACCAAUGAAAAGAUAGAACGUGUCCAUAUGAUUGUGGAAGCUGAUCCUGACUUGGACUCUGGGGAGUACUGGUGUAAAGCAAAGAGUUCCCAGCAAGAAUCGGAACCUAGCUUUGUUGUUCUUAAUGUUAUACGCAAUGAUUCGGUUAAUGUCAUACUGAAUAUCAGUCAGCCCAACAUCACAAUUGACAGCGCCAGUGAGAUCACAUGGGAGGUUCUCUACCAGGCUUACCCAAAACCCAAAUUCCGUUGGUAUAAGGAAGGUAAAAAGGAGCCGCUUGUUGACACCGGACGUCAUGAGGGUGAUAUGCACUAUAAGCUGGAUGAGAUCCAAUCAGAAGGCGCAAUGCAUCUCAUCAUUGAUCAUCCAGUAUACAAGGACAUUGGACAGUACACCCUCAUAGCAGAAGUUGAAAAUAAACUUAGUGGGAAAAAAAGUAAUGCUUCCGUACAAAUGGCCUUCACCAUGCCAGUUAAACCCCAAAAUAUCAAGUUAAGCUUCUCCGAUGGCAAAGAGAUGCAUAAGAAGGGAUAUCCAUUCAAACUGACCUGUGAGGUAAUUGGCUACCCAAAGCCUCAAGUGACUUUGGAGUUCCAGCGAUGUUACAACCAAAACAACUGCACAAAUUUCUCUCCAGUCAGUAAGGAAAAUGAACUUGAGGAAAAAAAACUCACAAACAGCAGCCACAGAGUGACCGAGAAGAUGGAAUGGCUGGGUCGUGCAUAUGUUCCAGGAUCUUACAGGUGUGUUGCCACUAAUGAACACGGUACAGUGUCCUCAGAUCCUCUCAAGUUUCUAGUGACUGAGAGUGAUGAUGUCAACUCUAAGGUGUCACUGGAAGUCAUGGUAAAUGGAGAAAAGAAAGCUGGAAAGAACGAGGUGGUGGUGCUGGAGGGGGACCACUUGACCUUCCGGUGUCUGGCCAACAAGUUCCUCAUCAGCAGGCUUUUGAAAUGGAAGUUGAAUGACAAGCCGCUGAAUGAGAGUCGGUGGCAUAGCAACAUUUCAGAGAAUGCCUCAGAAUUUUCUUACAUCUCCAAGUUCACUAUUGAGAAUGUGACGAUGGAGAAAAACAAUUUGGAGUUAGUUUGCAUGACCGGAGAUAACUCCACUCUGGAAGCCGUCCGCAGUAUCCAGAUUAAUCCAAUGGAGAAGCCUAAGUGGAAGAACCCCAUAGGUUCACCAUUGAAAGAUGUCAACCUCAAGGAGAUGGGCAACCUUACCCUUGACUGUAGUGCUGAUGGCGCCCCUGCCCCAGUGGUCACUUGGUACAAGGUAAACAACCAACGCAGAUAUAGCAAUGCACAAGUUAAGAACAGAGCAGGAACCAAGACAGCCGAAUGUUACGUGGGGGUUACUGAUCCAGAUGAUGUGAUUGACCAAAAUAUCCUGAUCAUUGUGGGUGUACUCAGCUUCAUCCUGCUGGUCAUCAGUGCCGUCUUCUGCCGCAAGAUCUACCAGGACCGGAAACAUACACUGGACCUCCGGCUAAAGGAGCAAAAGUUGUUUAAUGAUGGCGACCCAGACAGACUUAACCCUGAGAUCGGUCUAGACCAACAGGCGGAGCUCCUUCCUUACAACACCAAGUAUGAAGUGCCACGGGACUCUAUCAUCUUUGACAAACUACUUGGAGCUGGAGCAUUUGGAAGAGUGUACCGUGCCACAGCAAUCAACCUCCUCCCUGGCCAGGCUCGCACCACCGUAGCCGUCAAGAUGAUGAAGUCACGGACAGACAACGCUCAGCUAAAAGCGCUACGGUCAGAGGUGAAGAUUAUGAUCCACAUUGGACGUCAUGUGAACAUUGUCAACCUGCUGGGCGCCUGCUCCAAGGAUUUGGCUUCAAAAGGUGAACUGCUUCUCCUGGUGGAGUACUGCAAAUAUGGCAACAUUCUCGACUACAUGCGUCGCCGUCGUAAGGAAUUUGUGAAUCAGAUUAACGACGAGGAUAAGAUUGACCCGUCGAUUAGUGAUCAACGAAUAAGGCAGAGGAGUGGCUCGGGGUCAAGGAGCAGAACGUCUCGUGGGCUAAAGUACGCCCACCUGGCCUUCAACCAAGAUGCUGUUCAUUACAAUAAUGGACAGAUAUCAGAUUCCAAUCACUCGGGUCAGGCUCUGUGGGAGUCUCCGGGCUCUCCACCACUCACUCCUGGUGUUAACAGCGACUCACUGGGACCAUUCCGCUUAAGAAGUACCUCCUCCUCCUCCCACCACCAUGUAACUUCAGACAUGAGCACCCUCACCUGUGAGAGUAGCAGCGGUGCUUCUGAUGGCUAUGUCAGCUCUAGGGCAGUUGGCCCUCAUCCUGCUAGCUUUUGUACAAAAGAUCUUCUUUGCUGGGCUUUCCAGAUAGCUAAGGGCAUGGAAUAUCUUGCAUUUAAGAAGGUGCUUCAUGGGGACCUGGCCACCGUAAUAUUCUCCUGGCUGAAGAGAACAUUGUCAAGAUUAGUGACUUUGGACUUGCCAAGGACAUCUAUAAAGAUGAAAACUACAAGAAGAAAAGUUCUGGACCUGUACCAGUUAAAUGGCUAGCACUGGAGUGUUUACGGGAUGGCGUCUUCUCCACCCAAAGUGAUGUCUGGUCUUUUGGUGUUGUGAUGUGGGAGAUUUUCAGUCUCGGUCAAAACCCGUAUCGUAUGGUGGAGUUUGACGAGAGCUUUGUCGCCAAGU